AUGGAAGAUAAACCCAUAAUAAAACGACCUCCAAUCCCCUCCGACACACCCUCCUUCGGCAUCGAAUUUGAAUUUCUCAUCGCCUACCUCAAAAACCCCGAUAUCCCAAACCCUAAUCCCUCAGAUCCACGAACCGUCUAUUUCCCCUCCAUCGCCGAAGACGAUAUAUCACCAUCUUUCCAAAUCACCCCGGGAAAGGAAAACUGGGCAAGCGAAUGGUCCAUUUACGCACACAUAAAACGCACGCUCUCAUCAAUCAGACUCCCCACCGAACCAGGAAAAGCCCAUUCAAAUUUCGCCAUGUGGGAAAUCACCACUGAUGGCUCGAUUCAACGACCCAAACCCCAUAGUACGAGAAAUAAAAAAGCUUACAAGGACCGGAGAACCUAUUCGUAUUAUCCCAUUGAGGUUCGUACUCCCGCCUACUAUUAUAGCGAAGAUGCAUUAACAGACGUUGCAGAUUUCUGUAAAAUCAUGCGCAAGAAUUAUCUAAUUACUCUUAAUGCCUCCUGUGGUCUUCACGUCCACAUCGGCUACGGAUUACGGGGAUUCGAACUCCCCCACCUCAGACGUCUAGGCGCUCUCAUCGAAGCCUUUGAACCGCAACUCGAUUCUAUUCAUCCUGCCCAUCGCAUCGAUGGUCAAAAUACCCACUGUACCUCUUUUCGUCGGGGAACCUUUUAUCAGUGGAAAUUCCGUAAGGAGGAGCAUCGUGAACCGCGCGUGCUAGAAGCUAUAUCUACAGUCCUUACAUGUCGCACGCGCGAUCAAUUUCGCGCGUUUGUGGCUUCGGAGGGUCCCACCGGAACGGUCGGAUUUAGGGAUGGUACAUCGUCGUGGAAUUUCGAUCGGAUGGGUACGGAGACCAGACCGAAGGUCGAUUGGGUGCAGGAUACGAUUGAGUUUCGAGGACAUGAGGGAUCGCUUGAUCCGGAGGCGGUGUGUAGUUGGACGAGGUUGUUGGUGGGGUUGGUUAAAUAUACUAGAGAGCCUGAAAUGUUUGAAUUUGGGAAUUUACUGCAGAGAGUUACGGGGGAGAAAUGGGUUAAGGAAUUUUUGGAUGCGAAGGCUACAGGUGAGAGAUAUGGCCUUGGAGGGAAAAUGUACAGACCUAUUUUCGGAGAGAAAUGGUGCGGAUUAGUUCAAUUUCUUAGAAUACUAGGACUUGAGCGCCCAGCGAACCAUUAUGAGAAUAGAAAAGGUAAGUAUCUAGGAAAUGGGGUGUAUACUCAUUGGUAUAGUAGUGCACCGGCGGAAUAUACGCUAUUGGCUGAUGGGGAUGAGGGAGAUGGAGAUGGAGCUUCUGAGAAGAAGGAUAGUGAAGAGUCUAAGACUGAGAAUGAUUCUCGUGAUAAUUCGUCGGGGGAUUCUUCUUUGGAUGGCUUGAGGCCUUUUAAUCCGAAUCCGGGGACUCCGCCUAGAGAACCUGCUCCGCCGGGUGUGCCGCUUAGAUCGCCACCUGGUGGUGAACGGGAACCGGGACCGGAACUGGAACCAGAACUGGAACCGGAUGUUAAAGAUGGGGGUAAUAAAGGGGAAGGGCAAGAUGAAGGUCAAGGUCAAGGUCAAGGUCAAGAUCAAGAUCAAGAUCAAAGUCAGGAUCAAGGUCAAGAUGAAAACCCACCCUCAGAAACCAAAUCCGUAGCCUCAGAAACCGAACCAGCACCCUCCUCCUCCUCCUCCUCCUCAGAAUUCCCCGCCCGUCCUGGCGCCCAAAAAUUACAGGGAGUAAGUACGUUUAACAAUCCUCGUUUUGGAUCCCCAUCUUCGAAAGAUGCGGGAAGUGAGGUGAGUGAUUCAAGUGAAUUUACUAAUCCGACUCCGCCUGCUGUUCCUGGGGAUUCUGAAGCCGUAACUGUGGGGUCUCCUCUUCCUACUGGGGAUGCGGGACUGCCUACUGGGGAUUCUGAAGCCGUGCCUGCAUUUACUUUUCCCGUACCGAAUUUGCCAGGGUUUAACUUACCUCCUACUUUACCUCCUGCGUUUGGGGAUUCCAAAGCCGUGCCUGCUUUACCGACUACUACUUUACCUCCUGCGCCUAGGGAUUCUAAAGCCGUGCCUGCUUUACCGACACCUGAUUUACCUCCUGUACCUAAGGAUACUUCUGUACCUGCAUUUACUUUUCCCGUACCGAAUUUGCCAGGGUUUAAUUUACCUCCUACUCUACCUCCUGCGCCUAGGGAUUCUAAAGCCGUGCCUGGAGAUUCUAUAGCCGUGCCUGCUUUACCGACUCCUAGCUUACCUCCUGUACCUAAGGAUUCUUUGCCAGCACCAAUACCUGGUGAAACAGGAGUUUCUCCCCCGUCAUUAUCGCCGCCUACCAAACCACAAACGAAAUCUCAAGCGGAAUCAAACUCCAAAUCAUCAGAUUCCUCAAAACAACCCGAUAAAACAAGCUCAGAAUACGAAGCCGGAGCACAAGCCGCAAAAGAAGUACUGCGAAAAUUUUGGGAAGAAGAAGCUAAGAGACAGGAAGAAGAAGAUGAAGAGAAGAAGAGGCAGAGGAGUAGUAUGGCUUUGGGAAGUCAGGGUUGUGGGAUGAGUGAAAGGAGUGUGGGGAGUGGGUCGUUAGGGUUUGAGGAUUUGGGUCCUAGGGAUGAGAAGGAGGAGGAUUUGGUGCCUUGGGAGGGUGCUGGGGUGGAGGACGUGAAGGAGGAGGGGGUGGUGAAGGAGGAGGUUAAGGUAAAGGAAGAGAAAAAGGAGGAGAAAAAGGAGGAGAAAAAGGAGGAGAAAAAGGAGGAGAAAAAGGAGGAGAAAAAGGAGGAGAAAAAGGAGGAGAAAAAGGAGGAGAAAAAGGAGGAGAAAAAGGAGGAGAAAAAGGAGGAGAAAAAGGAAGAGAAGGAUACUGGCGAAGCCGCCAACGCGGACGAAGACUCCGACACGGACGAAUCAGUAUUAGAACGGCCCAGGCAUCAGGAAGGGGUAGAGAAUUCUGCAUCCGAAGAAGAGACGGUUACGAUUACCUCGUAG